UGUUCACACGUCACAUACGGAAGUAUCAACAUGGAGGACGGCAGAGAAGCUUCCACGAAUUCACUUUUGAAAGAUGAAUGCUAUACUGAUUUCUUGGCAGAGGACUUUGAUGUAAAGACAUACACUGCUCAGGCCAUUCACCAUGCUGUCAUCGCAGAACAGCUGGCCAAGCUGGCACAGGGCAUCAGUCAGUUGGACAAGGAACUGCACAGCCAGGUUGUAGCCAGACAUGAAGACUUACUGGCUCAGGCAACUGGGAUAGAAUCUCUUGAAGGAGUCCUUCAGAUGAUGCAGACAAGGAUUAGUGCUCUGCAGGCUGCUGUUGACAGGAUAAGGACAAAGAUUGUUGAUCCAUACAACAAGAUAGUGGCCAGGAUCACCCAGCUAGCCAGACUUCAGGUAGCCUGUGACCUGCUGCGGAGGAUCAUUCGGAUCUUGUACCUGAGCAAAAGGUUACACGGACAACUGCAGGGUGGCAGCAGGGAGAUCACCAAAGCUGCUCAGAGCCUCAACGAACUAGACUACCUGUCACAAGGCGUGGAUCUGAGUAGCAUUGAGGUGAUUGAGAACGACUUGUUGCUGAUUAGCAGAGCUAGACUGGAGGUGGAGAACCAAGCCAAGAGACUGCUGGAGCAGGGCAUGGAGAUCCAGAACCCAACCCAGGUUGGCACAGCCCUGCAAGUCUUCUAUAACCUGGGCAGUCUUAGAGAGACCAUUAGCACUGUUGUGGAGGGUUACCGGACCACUAUACAAGACAACAUCACUAGCGCUAUUGACAUCAAGGGCCUGACACAGCCAGUCAGCUCCAGAGGUGCCCCCGGCAGAGCAGUGCUGCCAACACCAGGCAACACAGCGGCUUUUCGUGCUGCUCUGUGGACCAACCUGGAGAAACUGAUGGACCAGAUAUGUGCUGCAUGCAGACAGGUGCAGCACUUACAGAAGGUCUUGAUGAAGAAGAGAGAUCCUGUCUCUCAUGUGUGCUUCAUUGAUGAGAUCAUCAAGGAUGGUCAGCCUGAUAUCCUCUUUACUUUCUGGACUGAUGUGACCAACACACUUAGUGAUGAGUUUCACAGAGCAACUGAAGCUUCAUCCUUCCUGAAGCAGGCAUUUGAAGGGGAGUAUCCUAAACUGCUGCGAUUGUACAACGAGCUGUGGCGCCGUCUGCAGCAGUACAGUGCAAGUCUACAGGGGACCUUAACAAGCAGCGGAGGGGUGGAUGCAUCUCUAGACAUCACUGCUACAGAGACUGACAACCAGGACUUGUUCACACAUGGCAAACAGAACUACAACCCAGAGAAGGCUCUGAAAGACUCUCUGCAGCCGUAUGAGGCAGCUUACCUCUCCAAGUCCCUCUCUCGCCUCUUUGAUCCUAUCAACCUUGUAUUUCCCAUGGGGGGUCGCAACCCACCGUCCAAUGACGAGCUGGACAGCAUCAUCAAGACCAUCAGCAGGCAACUGAAUGUAGCAUCAGUGGAUCUAAACCUCUCUCUGGCUGUGGCCAAGAAUGCUGCCAAGACUGUCCAACUCUUCUGUGUCAAGUCUGAACAGCUGUUGUGUACUCAAGGUGAUGCCAGUCAGGUGAUUGGUCCGUUAACGGAGGGCCAGAGAAGGAAUGUUGCUGUGGUCAACUCUCUGUACCGUCUACAGCAGGCUGUUGCCAAGAUUAUUGCGGGAUUGGGAUCGACUCCACCGGCUGCUGCAGAGGCCCUUUCUGCCUCUUUUGAGGCCGUGCAGGCCCUGAUGAGCAGUGCAGUGCAGCCUCUCCUUCAGUCAGUGAAAGACUCCAUAGAGGCCAUCAUCAUCACGCUGCACCAAGAAGACUUCUCAGGGCCUCUGUCCAGCCCUGAUAAGCCUGACGUCCCAUGCUCUCUAUACAUGAAGGAGCUGCAAGGUUUUAUUUCCAGGGUGAUGGCUGACUACUUCAGACACUUCCAGUGCGUGGACUUUAUCUACGAGAGCACCGAAUCCAUUGCCCAGAGAGCCAUUGAGCUCUUCAUCCGCCAUGCCGGCCUACUGCGUCCGCUGGGAGAGGGCGGCAAGAUGAGACUAGCUGCUGACUUUGCACAGAUGGAGAUGGCAGUGGCUCCCCUCUGCAGAAGAGUGUCGGAUUUGGGAAAGCCGUACAGAAUGCUGCGCUCCUUCAGGCCACUGUUGUUUCAGACGAGUGAGCUGAUAGCCAGCAGUCCAGCUGUCGGUGACCUGAUUCCCUAUAGCACCCUGCUGCACUUCCUCUUCACCAGAGCCCCAUCUGAGCUCAAGUCACCUCACCAGCGAGCAGAGUGGUCCAUUGCCCGUUACUCCCAGUGGCUGGAUGAUCAUCCAUCUGAGAGAGACAAGCUUACCCUUAUUAGGGGAGCUCUGGAGGCUUACGUACAGUCAGUCCGGGCUCGGCAGGGAAAGGAGUUCGCCCCCAUCUAUCCCAUCAUGCUCCAGCUGUUACAGAGAGCCACCAAUGGGUGAGAUGAUGUCAGAGCCUGAAGAAGAUACAGCUCUACGUGGGACAGUGACAGAAAACGUACUGUGUGUUGGGCAGCAGCACCAGCAUGUGGAGAGGAUGCCGUUAGAAGGUCCAGCUCUAUGCACAAUGUAACACUUCCUCUGGGUCAAACUGUUUAUACCAACAACUGAUCUUUCUUCCUUUUACAUGUGUGACUGAAUCAAGUGACUCUGUUCUAUUGGGAUACAUGAGAUUUUGAUUUUAUAUUUAUCUUGUGACCAAAGCUAAAUAUGGGAAUAACAUUAUUCCAGCUGUGUAACUUUUGUAACGCAGCUGGAAUAAUGUCUGUGAAGGUUCAAAGUCAACGAGUUGUACGAUAUCUAUAGAAAGCUGGAUCCAACUCACUGGGAAAAAGAGCUGAUCAAAGACCUCUAGCUGUUCACUAAAAGCAGGAAUAGACGUACGUGGUAUAUCUUAAAUAACUGAUCUGAACAAACAGUACUGUCUUUUUAAUCUACAGUUCAAAGAUUAGGAUUCAGCUUUUUUCACAUACAGGUGUACAACUCUGGCUGGCGCUUCACAUAGUAAAUGUACAUCUAACAUUUUCACAGGAGACAAACUCAUCAAUGAUUCCUGAGAAUAAAUGGGGGUUUGUUUUCAACACUUUAAUAUAUUACUUCAGCAGAAGCAGAGGUAUGGAUCUCACACACAGACAGUAUGAACACUACAUGUACAUUUAGACAGGCCAUUUCCACUGAUUGGCAGGAGGCUCCUCGAUCAGCGGCUCCCAUGGUUUCCAUUCAGACAUCUUUCUGGACAGGGCCAGCUCACACUCCGCCUGCACACAGGACAGUCAGCAACACUCUGAUUUCAUUAUUACACACAACAGCCAGAUCAGAUGUCCAUGCUUUAAAAGAAUAGUUGGACAAUUUGGAAAAUCCUUUCACUUUGUUAUUGAGGUGAAGCAGGAAGACUGAUCUCACUUUAGUGUAUGUCCUUUAAGAAGCUGGGAGGCCAUUAGCUAAGCAGAAGAACUGGCAGCAGGUGAGCUCAGGUAGCCAGGCUCUGUUCAGAACUCAUCAAUACAGCUACAAAUGCCACAUUAUACACCAACAUUAUUUGUAUUUAUGUAUUUGGUCUCAGUGGGAGUCUUGUGUUGCACUAUUUCCUCACAAUAUUUAAUGGAGUGCUUCUACACAGUCUCCUUCAAAGCAGCAAGUCACCGAAGUGUCUGCUUAUGAUUGGUCAUGGCUUGCCUAGAACCACAAUUUUACAUUUCUAUUUUUUCAAAGCUAGGUUAGCCCUUCCUGCCAGCUUCCACUCUUUAUGCUAGAGCCACUACAAUUAACACAUUUGUAACAAAGUGAAAGCACUGAUUUCCCAAACUUUUUCCUUUCCUACAUACUGCUGGUGGCUGCUGGUGGUUACCCAAGUUAGCUUGGUUACUCUCUUUGAUGAAAGACACUCCCAUAUUCAGUUAUAACCCAAACAGACUGAAAUAAGAUGACAUCGGUUCAGAUUGUCUGUUCAAUGCAGUGUGUUAUUGGCCUAAACAACAAAUUAAGUAGUACUGUAAAGCUGUCAUGCCUUUAAUCAAAAUUAAUGUGUGGUGAUUUCAGUACAGUCAAGCUUUGUUCAAAGACAAUAAAUACUAAGGAUCUUCAUGGAACCACUCACUUCGGAAGAACCAAGACUAGACUCAGGACCUGAGCUGGAUAAAGUCUCAGGUCUGUGUCAAUACGUCCAGACCUGAAUGGAAUUUAGUGCCAUCAUGUCGAAUCAAAUGAUACAUCACAAUGACAGUGGUUGUGACUGUGUUUGGGGUGAAAAUAAGACUUUCAAUCAAUUUGUUUUUGAACCAUAAAAAGCAAAUUUGUCAUUUAUUCUGUUCCUUUUACUGACUGGGUCUCUUGAAGCCUGGUCUCUUUUUUUUGGAAAUAAGGUUCAACUCCUUUUUACCAACAUAAACAGGUGCCUGUAGGAAACACUGAUAAGCUGAGAUCAGAGUUGUGUAACUAAUCCUUCUGCAACUUAAAUGAAAUGACAUCCAUCAGAAACAGAUGGUCUUGCUGAGUGUUUGUUUGACUUCAGAAGUCAGGGAAAAACAUACCCAAAUUUUUGUGAGUUGGUCGCAGCUGAGUCAAUCAUGGCUCAGAUCUGUUUCUUCUGUUUUUUUUAGAGUGCAGAUUGAGUUAAUAAAAAUGGUUUGCAAAUGGUU